AUGUCUUCCACUAUGAAACAAUGGGUCGUGCAAGAUAAGGAGCAUGACCUCGACGGUCUGGUCUAUAAGGAUGCCGCCAUCCCCAAAGUCGGUGAAAAUGAAGUGCUGGUGAAGAUCCAAGCCGCCUCGCUGAAUUACCGAGACUUGAUUAUCCCCAAGGGCGCAUACCCCUUCGCGCUCAACUUCCCGGUCGUCCCAGGCUCGGAUGGUGCUGGUGAAGUUGUCGAAGUCGGAUCCAAGGUGGUCGAGUUCAAGAAGGGAGACCAGGUCGCAACUCUUUUCAACCAGGGUCACCAAUAUGGUGCGAUUGACCCACAUGCCGCAGCCACUGGUCUGGGCGGCGCCGUCGAUGGUACUCUCCGCGAAUAUGCAGUGUUCAACGAGCAGGGCCUCGUCAAAUCCCCCAGCAACCUGACGGCAAUUGAAGCGAGCACCCUGUCAUGCGCUGCAUUGACCAGUUGGAAUGCCCUGUAUGGACUGAAGCCCUUGAAGCCGGGUCAGGUCGUCCUCGUGCAGGGAACUGGCGGUGUCAGCAUCUUCGGGUUGCAGUUCGCCAAGGCAGCAGGUGCAACAGUGAUUGCGACCACCUCUUCUGCCGAGAAGGCCGAGAAGCUCAAGAAGCUCGGCGCCGACCAUGUUAUCAACUAUAAGACCGAGCCGAACUGGGGCGAGGCAGCUCGCAAAUUGACUCCCGGUGAGACUGGCGUGGACCACAUUAUUGAAGUGGGCGGCAGUGGAACCCUCCAGCAGAGCUUCAAGUGUGUGAAGCUGGAAGGUAUUAUCAGCGUCAUUGGCUUCCUCGGAGGUGUGGACCCCAAGACCCAGCCAACGGUUUUGGAGACCUUGACGCACAUCUGCACCGUUCGCGGUGUGUAUGUUGGCAGCAAGGCUCUCAUGAAGGACAUGGUCCGAGCUAUUGAGGCCAACAACAUUCACCCGGUUGUGGAUGAUAAGGUGUUCAGCCUUGAGCAGACAAAGGAAGCUUAUGAGUACAUGUGGGCCCAAAAGCACUUUGGCAAGUUGGCCAUCAAGGUCAACUAG